GUGAUGCGCCCAACACACACGCUCGCUCGCUCACUUACUCACUCACUCACUCACUCACACACACACACACACACACACACACACAAAACCGGUACAGCGCUGGGAUCCGACUGGUCACGUGAAGCAGGACGCGGAACUGGUCCCGCUGAGGUCGGGCUGGUCACACGCCGGUGUGUCAGCGCAGUUAGCACGUCGGCUAGCGCGGAGGCGCGAGAGUGGAAAGCCGGAGCCCUGCUCGGCGAACCCGGGCUAUUUUUCUAGACUAACGGGCGCGGCGCGGUCAUCUGUGCGUAGCACCUUCUCCCCGGUCGCCUGCUGCGUCAGUCGCUUGGGUUUGUUGGAAAACAACGUAAACAGGGGCGAAGUGAGGGGCCGUGCGGGGCGGAAGUGUCAGCGGGACUCAACGACAACGGGAGACUGACUCACUCACGCGUACCGGGGAGGUUUCUGCUCGUAGGGCCGGAGAGCAGGCGCUUCCUCCCCGCACAGCGAUCCCGAGCGCGACUCGCCGCUGUGACAGCGCUGUGUUUUGUAAGCGCACCGGAGCGGGCCGAGCGGUGAGGCAGCCCGGCGCCCCGACUGUGUGUGUGUGCGCUGACACAGGACAGGACUCGGGAGCUGGGCUGCAGGUGCCGAUCCCCGCUCAGGCCGAAGAGCCUUGUGCCAGACACGCGGGACCGCGAUGGGAUCCGACCCGGUGACCUCCUGUCCUGCCUUGCGCCAACUCUGAGCCCCCUGGUAGCACAAGGACAAUGAAUCUCCACCAAGUCCUCACAGGGGCGGUCAACCCUGGGGACAACUGCUUCGCUGUGGGGAAUAUCAAUGAGGAGCCCUUCACGGCCUACGCAUCGGGCUGUGACAUUGUGGUCCUCGGCAGUGACUUUGAGCGCCUGCAGAUCAUUCCUGGGGCCAAACAUGGCAACAUCCAGGUGGGCUGCGUGGAUUGUUCCCUGCAGGGAGGCCAGAUCGCAGCCUCGUAUGGGAACGUUGUGUGUGUCUUUGAACCCGUUCCUCUUUCGGACCCGAAGGAAAAGACACCACCGAAGCUGAACUAUCAGUGGCAGAAAAGCGGACAGUUCAUUUUGGAUUCUGCUGCGCUCAACCUAGCAUGGGACCCCUCAGGUACAUAUCUUCUGACUGGAUCCACUAGUCUCCAGUUGUGGUCCAUUGACCGCGCCAGCGUGAAUUCUGAAGCAAAGGAGUCCUUGAGUUUUGAAAUUCCCCGAAGCUCCUGGAAAUGUGUCUGGCAAUGCAAGACUGCAUCCCCCGUUCAUCUGAUAAAGUUUUCUCCAGGCGGGGAUUUCUUUGCUACAGCUGGGCAGGACGACUGCUUGGUCAAAGUGUGGUACAGCACCAGCCGGUGGCAGUCAGGCGGAGCCACGUUGUUCACGCCCCCAGAGCCGUUUUCACAUGGUGAGAUGGACUUCUCCUUCAUUUACCUGGCCCAUCCACGGUCCGUCACUGGUUUCUCCUGGAGGAAGACGAGCAAAUACAUGCCAAGGGGUUCCGUGUGCAAUGUCCUGCUGACCUGUUGCAAGGACAGCGUGUGCCGCCUCUGGGCUGAGACCCUGUUGCCAAGCGAUAGCGUGCUGUCACGGCCAACCCGCAGCUAUGGCAACAACGCAGGAGUGGAAGCGCAUCGAUCUGCAGGCAUCACCGAAAAGCUGUCCUCCAACAUCCAAACGCAGAGCAGGAGCACCCUGGAGUUGAACCUGAAGGACACCUGGAGAGGUCCAGAGAGAAGCCUAGGCCAGCCUGCACACACAGGCUUCCUCCCACACCAGCAAGACCGGCACCAAGCCCAUCGGGCCAACAUGACUCUACAUGCCAAUGCGCUCUGCCACUUCCACAUUGCGGCCAGCAUCAACCCUGCCACAGACAUUCCGCUUCUCCCAUCCAUCUCUUCUCUGAGCACGGCAGACGAUGAUGAGUUGGGUGGACCUUUCACCGUGCAUUGGCUUAACAACAAGGAGCUUCACCUGACUCUGGCUAUGGAAGUCUUCCUGCAUCAGCUGCGCAGUACUGUUGAGCAGCAGAGCCAAGAACAGGCCAGCCAGUCAGAUGAGGAAUUUCGAUCUGAUGAAGACGAGCUCCCGAUUUCCCCUACGAAGGAGAAGAAGGGAAAGGGACAGGGGGCUCUGAUGGGCAUCCCACUCCCUGCAGCUGCCGUGGACCACCAGAUGGCACUCCUGCUGGAGGAAUGGAACAAGGGUGCUGACAUGCUCUUUAGCAUCCACCCCAUGGAUGGCUCCCUGCUGGUGUGGCACGUGGACUGGCUGGAUGAAUACCAGCCAGGGAUGUUCCGUCAGGUGCAGGUGUCAUUUGUGUCUCGGAUCCCUGUUGCCUUCCCAACGGGUGACGCCAACUCGCUGAGCCGCAGCGUAGUGAUGUAUGCCUGCAACAAGAACGUAGAUCUGGCCAUCCAGCAGGGUCGCCAGCAGGGGCGCCAUCGGCCCACCCGUCUCCCCCACUCCUCCUCAGCGCUGAUCAGCUCUGGCCACAGCAAGAACUCGGGCCUGCGACUCAGCAUCUUCACACCCAACGUGCUAAUGAUCUCCAAACACGCUGAUGGCUCACUGAACCAGUGGGCCGUCAGCUUUGCUGAAGAGUCGGCCUUCUCCACCGUGCUCAGUGUCUCCCACAAGUCGCGCUACUGCGGCCACCGCUUCCACCUCAAUGGCCUGGCCUGCCACUCGCUGCUGCCCCUGCUCCUCACCACCUCACACCAUAACGCGCUGCGCACUCCUGAGGUGGACCAUGCCCAGAACGGCUCCUUCCCUGGCUGCCCCAACAGGUCAUCUCUGGAGGCCGUCUCCCAGGACCCCAAUGCCAUCUACAGCGAGCUCAUCCUAUGGCGGGUGGACCCUGUGGGGCCGCUCUCCUUCUCAGGGGGUGUCUCUGAGCUGGCUAGGAUCAACUCAUUACAUGCCUCUGCCUUCUCUAAUGUGGCCUGGCUGCCCAUUCUGAUCCCUAGCCACUGCCUGGGUGUGUAUGGAAACUCGCCCAGUGCCUGCUUCAUAGCUAGCGAUGGCCUCUCCCUGCGGCUGUACCAGGCUGUCAUUGAAGCCAAAAAACUGCUGAGUGAGCUUUCCAAUCCUGAGAUAUCGAAAUAUGUUGGCGAAGUGUUCAAUAUCAUCAGUCUACAGUCAACUGCUAGGCCUGGAUGUAUCAUCGCACUAGAUGCCAUUACAGAUUUUCAAGGGAAGAAGACCCAGCUGCUGCACGUGUUUGAAGAGGACCUAAUCUUGAGUAAUGAGACCCCUGACCCCAGCAUCUCAACUUCAGGCCGCAUAGCCUCAGGUCAGUCUGGUUUCUCUGCACGGUUCUUCCUGGUGGUGAUGGAGUGUACGCAGAGUGGACGAAGCCUGCUACACAUGUGGCACCUGCAGCUGGCUGCACAGCAGGUCAUCGUGGAUGAACCCCCGGUCUCCUCCAAUAGGGAUAGCACAAACAGCUCACAUUUCAGCUUCUCCCCGGAGAGGCUCAGCACCCUGAAACCUGUGUCUAGCACAUCAAACCUGCAGACAGCCUGUCGCCUCCAGCUGGUCUCCCACAGGGUGUACAGUCAGGAGCUGGAGCUACCAGAGGGCGUGGAGGUCAUCCAGGUCACCCCCUCGGCAGGGCAUCUGAGCUCUUCCUCCUUACAGCCUUCGAGCCGUGCUCCUUACCUACUUGCAACUUCCUGCUCAGACCACAAGGUGAGGUUUUGGCGAUGCCGAGUGGAGCUUGGCGACCCAGCGUAUGUAUGGGAGGAGUGGCCUCUCCUGGUGCAAGCAGGCUUGGACAGCGGCAGUGCCCUUAAUGUGCCGGGGCGGCCUCUUCACGUGAGCUGCUGCCAUACCGGCCGUGUGGCGGUGGCUUACCGAAGGGAUCCUUCCACAUCGCUGGGCCUCAGGGACUCUUCAACAUUGGUGAGCAUCUUUCAGUGUGAGUCUACUGGCGGGUCGCAGUGGCUGCUGGAGCAAACACUGAGCUUGGAGGACACAACUCCAGUGCAUCCUGACAAGGUGACAAAUAGGCACGGGGUCCCGGUGCUGCACAGUAACCAAGAGAUGAUCAUGCAGACAGAGGUAAGCCCUGAGUCCAACACCAGGAGUCUGGUCCACCUGGACUGGGUCUCCAGGGAGGAUGGAUCACACAUCUUAACAGUGGGCAAUGGGUCCAAGCUGCAGAUGUAUGGACUGCUGUCUGGAAAGCCUCCGGAGCUGGGGCUGAGAGAAGGAUGGAGGGAGGGCUCCUCACAGCAGAACUCCUCCCGACUGGUGCUUUUACGUUGCGUGGACUUGGUGUCCUCGGUAGAGGGGGCCCUGCCCAUCCCUGUUUCACUGUCCUGGGUGAGGAACGGCAUCCUGGUGGUGGGCAUGGACUGUGAGAUGCACGUCUAUUCCCAGUGGCAGCCCCCAGCACUCGCCAAGCCCCCAUCGGUGGCAGGUGAUGUGGACACAGGUAGUGUGAUCUCCCUCAUAGCUGCAGUGCGCCAGGGUCCAGAGGAGGCGCAAACUGCCCCACCACCCAGACGGAACCUGACCCGGUCCAUGACUAGCCUCGCCCAGAAGCUGAGUGGAAAGAGAACGGCAUACGACCUCCCACCGGAGAUGGAGGAUUGCGGGUUGUUUGAGGCAGCACACCACCUGUUCCCAACCCUCCCACAGUACCAUCCUGUGCAGCUAAUGGAGCUGAUGGACCUGGGCAAGGUACGCCGGGCCAAAGCCAUUCUCUCUCACCUGGUCAAGUGCAUCGCGGGUGAGAUCGUGCCGCUUCAGGACAACUCAACUAGCCAGGAGCGUCGGCUUCGCUCGCUCUCCAUCAGUGCAAGCGGCAGCACUGCGCGUGACCCCAAGCUCUUCAACAACACUGAAAACCCCGACUACACUGAGAUUGACUCUAUCCCACCCCUGCCCCUCUAUGCCUUACUGGCAGCUGAUGAGGACAGCUCUUCUAAACCUAAGGACAAGGCACCCGUCACCUCUAUGGGAAGCACAGCUCGCGGCUCGUCAGAGCAGACUGACACUUACAAUGAGCUCUUCCAAGACAACAGUGUGGUGAGCGAACUGGAUCCCCUGGACAGUGACCAGGAAGACAGCGGACCCAAAGUAAUCGACCUCUCUCAGUACGGUCCCACAUUCUUUGGGCCAGAACACACCCAAGUUCUGUCCAGCCAUCUCCUGCACUCCAGCUUGCCGGGCUUAACCCGCAUGGAGCAGAUGUCCCUCAUGGCCCUGGCCGACACCAUCGCCACCACCAGCACUGACAUUGAGGAGAGCCGAGAGAAACACAAAGGUGGAGAGACCCUGGAUGAAUGUGGACUGAAGUUCCUCCUGGCCGUGCGCUUACACACCUUUCUGCUCACAUCCUUACCGCCAGCCCACCGCGCACGACUCCUUCGUCAAGGCCUAUCCACGUGUCACUUUGCCUGGGCCUUUCACUCCGAAGCUGAGGAGGAGCUCCUCAAUAUGCUGCCAGCCCUGCAGAAGGGUGAGCCCACCUGGCCGGAGCUGCGGGCCAUGGGUGUCGGCUGGUGGCUACGCAGCACCAGCAAGCUGCGCAGGUGCAUCGAGAAGGUAGCAAAGGCAACUUUUCAAAGGAACAACGAUCCCCUGGAUGCAGCCAUCUUCUAUCUGGCGCUGAAGAAGAAAGCAGUGGUCUGGGGAUUAUAUCGGUCCCAGAAGAACGCCAAGAUGACAGCAUUCUUCAGCAAUGACUUCAACGAGGACAGGUGGAGGAGGGCAGCCUUGAAGAAUGCCUUCGCCCUUUUGGGGAAACAGCGGUUCCAGCACUCAGCUGCCUUCUUCUUGCUGGCUGGCUCCCUGAAGGAUGCCGUGGAGGUCUGUCUGGAGAAGAUGCAUGACCUCCAAUUGGCACUGGUGAUCUCCCGACUCUACGAGUCAGAGUUUGAGGCCUCCUCCACCUACAAGCUCAUUCUGCAGAGGCACGUUCUGGGUCGUGAGGCCCCUACUGAGAUCCACCAGGACCCUUUCUUGCGCAGUAUGGCCCAUUGGAUUCUGGAAGACUAUGGCUUGGCCCUGGACACCCUGCUGGUGCAGCCAAGCCCACAAUCUGACAUGAUCCCAGGUAGCAUAGCCAUUCUGUCUCCAGGUCACCCUGAGGUCUUCAACUUCUACACCUACCUACGUACACAUCCUUUGCUGCUGCGGCGGCACUUCCAGUCCUCUGAGUCAAAGUCAUCCUCCAGGGUUGGCCUGAGUGCGGAGGGCAGGCUUGCUGACUCAAUCAGCCUGGUGGAACGUAGACUAUUUUUCACAGCCGCCUAUGCCCAUUUUCAGGCUGGCUGCCCUAUGCUGGCCCUUGAGGUCCUCUCCAAGAUGCCCAAGGUGGUAAGAAAGUCCAAGCUGCCACUGAGCCAGGAGGACCCAGUUGUUUCACCCGGUACCAGAGACUCCCUGCUAUCUGCAGAUGCCAGGCAGGAUCGGGCCUCGGACUUGGACUGGUCCCACCCAGUGGUCAACGGGUACGAGUCAGUCUCAGACGGCCUGUCCAACAGCCAGUCUGACUCGGCACUCAGUUUUGACUGGAGCCAGCCCUCGUUGACUAUGCAGGAUGGGCCCUUGGAGCUCAAGUGGGACAGCGAGUCGGAGGACGAGGAGUCUGGGCUGGCCAUGAAGAACAUCCACAUGGAGACCGCUAUCGCUUCCAAAGACAUGACAGAUUCCUCUUCGCCAGCGGAAACAGGCAGUGGUUUCACGGACGCUGAUAUCGUCGCUCCCUCAGAAGACAUCCUGACGGCUCAGCUGAAGUUCAUGGCUUGCCUAAAAAUUCUUACAACUGAAUUACGGACGCUGUCAACGGGCUAUGAGCUGGACGGCGGCAAGCUGCGCUACCAGCUGUGUCACUGGCUGGAACGCGAGGUGGCAGCACUCCAGAGCAGCUGCGGCUAUAACGCCGAUCUGCAGGGGGUGACAGAGGGAAUAGUAGGCGACUCAAGUUGCGACGGGCCAGUGGAGGAAAUGGAGAGUGGGACAGGAACAGCAGGCGGAUUUGCAGAGCUACAGAGGCGGCGGCGACACUGGCUUCGUCAGAACCAGCCACUGCUGCGCAUGUUCCUUAGCUACUGCAGCUUGCACGGCUCGCACGGUGGCGGCCUGGCCUCCGUCCAGAUGGAGCUCAUCCUGCUCCUGCAGGAGUCACAACAGGAAGAUCCACCAAAGUCAGCUGCUUUCAGCCUGCUCCAGCCUAAGUCCUCCAUCCCUCUCCUGCUAGCCUGCACAGCCAGCGCCAAGACAGUGGUGGCCAAUCCCAUCGUGCACCUGAGCAACCUCACCCAUGACAUCCUGCACACAAUCAAUGCCCUGGACUCACCCCCCCACCCCAGCAUCAUCAACAACAAGAUCUACGUGAUGCACACCCUAGCAGCAUCUUUGUCCGCUUGCAUUUACCAGUGUUUGUGUGAUGGGCGCAGCUUCAGACAAGCCAACCAUUUCACCGGGACCGUGUACCAGAGCUUCCUGCUCUCCCAGCAGCACCCGGCACGAACCGUGAGCAUGGACGAGGCCGUCCUUCCGAACACGUCCCCAGCACAGUGGCCAGGUAUAUUGACACUGGUGCGACUGCUGAGCUCGGCGGGGGAGGAGACGCAGCCGGGCCUCACAGUCCUGCUGUGCGAGGUGCUCACAGCCGUGUACCUCAGCCUGUUUGUGCACGGCCUUGCCACGCACUCCAGCAACGAGCUCUUCCGCAUCGUGGCCCACCCACUCAACAGCAAGUUGUGGGCCGCUGUAUUCGGGGGCGGAGCCCGUGUGCCCAUUGCAGACAAGCGCAGCCCCUUCAGGCUGCCAUCUGGCGACGACUUGGACAGGAAGUCCAAGCGCUUCCACUUGCGUUCAUCGAGGAGCACCUCCGCAGAGAGUCCCCAGGGUCCCCCAAGCCCUGUUGUGGAGCAGGAGACCUCCAUCUUCAAGGAGGAAUUUGUGCCCCCUGAGCUCAGCAUCUGGGAUUACUUCAUUGCAAAGCCGUUCCUUCCGCCCUCCGAGAGCAGGGUAGAGUAUGAUUCUGAGGAGAGUCAGGGCAGUGAAGGUGAGGAAGAGGAAGAAGAUAUUUUUGAUUCCAAUGCUCUGCUUCAAGAACAUUCCAACCCCAACUCAUACAGCUGGUGUCUAAUGCGAUUGGCCAUGGUGCAGUUGGUGUUGGUCAACCUGAAGUCCUUCUACCCCAUGGCAGGUCACGACCUUUUAGACCUGCCAGUAUGCUCCCCACUGUGCCACAACGUGCUCAAGACUCUCCAACGUUGGGAACAGUUGCUGCAGAAGAGGCUAGAGAUCUUUGGUGGCCCACCACUUAAGUACAUCUCGACACACCCUCUGGAUGAAACUCCAGCAGCGGGUCCUGCCCUCCUCCGCCACAAAGCCCUUUUUGAGCCAACUAACACCCCAUUCAGGUCAAGUCACCAUUCGGCACUGGCAGUCCGGAGGCUGUGGCAGUAUUUGGUCAAGCAGGAGGAGGUGCAGGAGACGUUCAUCCGCAACAUAUUCACCAAGAAGCGGGAUCCGAACGAGUCGGGUGAGGAGCACAGUGAAAGUAACAAAAAUUUGGAGGAGCCUAGCUUCAAUCAGGUGGAGACUGAUCUGGGAUACCCUGGGGGCAAGGCUAGAAUUAUCCACAAAGAGUCCGACAUCAUCACGGCCUUUGCAAUCAACAAGGCUAACCGCAACUGCCUGGUGAUUGCCUCGAGUCAUGACAUCCAGGAGCUGGAUGUGUCCUCCAUUCUGGCUACCCAGAUACUCACUUGGGUGGAUGAUGAAGCUGAGGCAAAAGGAAGUGAGGACUUCCUGGUUAUCCACGCUCGGGAGGACUUUGGUACCCUGCAAGGCACCACCCCAUACACUCACAGCAGCCCCGGCACCCCCAUCAACAUGCCCUGGCUGGGCAGCAUGCAGACGGGCCGCGGAGCCUCUGUGCUGAUAAAAAGAAACAUAAACAAUGUGAGACGGAUGACCUCCCAUCCAACCUUACCAUACUAUCUCACAGGUGCCCAGGAUGGCAGCGUGCGGAUGUUCGAAUGGGGUCAUUCUCAGCAGAUCAUCUGCUACCGGAGUCCAGGCAACUCCAGGGUCACACGCAUCAGGUUCAAUCACCAAGGAAACAAAUUCGGCAUUGUAGACGCAGAUGGAGUCCUCAGCUUGUGGCAGACCAACAUGACAGGGAACACACCUAAACCAUAUCUGACCCUGCAGUGCCACAACAAGACGGCUCAUGAUUUUGUCUUUGUGGGUUCUUCAUCCCUGAUUGCUACUGCUGGACUCUCCUCGGACAACAGAAACGUGUGCCUUUGGGAUACCCUGGUCACACCUGUCAACAGCCUGGUUCACGCCUUCACCUGCCAUGAGUCGGGGGCCACCGUUUUGUCUCUGGCCUCCAGGCAGCAGCUGCUGAUCUCAGGAGGCCGGAAGGGUUGGAUCUGCGUGAUGGACCUGCGGCUGCGCAGCCCCCGGCAGAGCUUCCAGGCUCACGACUCGCCCAUCAAGGCACUGGCGGUGGACCCCACGGAGGACUGCUUCAUCAGCGGCUCUGCAGAGGGCAACAUCAAGAUCUGGAGCCUGACCACCCAGGGCCUGCUGCACACUUUCUCCAGCGAACAUACUCGGCAGUCCCUCUUCCGGAACCUGGGCACGGGCGUGAUGCAGAUAGAGUCCGGUCCUGCUAACCACAUCUUCUCCUGCGGUGCCGAUGGCACCAUGAAGAUGCGCAUCCUCCCUGACCGUUAUGGCACUGGCAACAGCAACCCAAAGAACGAUAUUAAGUUCAUUAUGUAGUGCAUUUGUGCCGUGGGCCGUCUUGCCCACCCCCUCCAGCUGUAGCCCUUGGGUGGUGGCAUGCGAUUGGCUGCCUGGACCACAACUGUGCUGUUUACGUGACUGCCGAGGUUUCCAGUGAAAUGGACCUUUCUAACAGAACUGUGCUCUUAACAGUCAUUCUCAUUCUAGCAAAAUGAUCAAUUAUAGAUUCAGCGAAUAUAUAACAACUUUUUUGGAACUUGUAUAUAAAAUAUGUAUAAAAAUCUAUAUAUUUUUCCCCCUCAGUAAAAGAAUGAGAACAGGUACAGGCCUGGGUGGCUCACAGAAGCACACAUCACAGAAGAAGGAAGUUUGUACAGUGUAUAUGUAUAGAGAACAGAGGUCCGGAGGUAUUGCUCCAUUUCUGCCAUUGUUCAGCAUAUGCCAAUGCGUGUACCCUUCCUGCCAUGGCCGCAGCACUGUGUGGGAGGUGGAGAGCAGCUCUUGUCCCAGAGGCAGGGGCUGUGAAGGGUCCCUGCUCUCUGAAAGGUGCCCACGCUGCUGUCACGUGCUCUGGACACCCCACACACUGUGGUGUAAAAUUAAUGUAAAUAAAUGACAGAGCAACUAGAACUGCAGACCUGCUUCAUUGGGUAUUCAUGUAAAGGUAAGAAUUUUAAUAGCAUUUGUGUGAAAUACCAGUGAUAUUUAUUGUCAUAAGCAUAGGAGGUGUUAUCUUCAGUAAUUAUAGAGGCAGCAUGCUUUAGUCCUCAGAGUUCAGAAAUCUGAAUUUCCCCCCCCCAUCCUUUGUUGGAUUCAAUGACCUUGUGCCAUCUGAAUAAGUUGCACAUUUUUGAUGUGCUUGAGAUUAAAUUGUUUCAACAUUUAAUUUUUUUGUGAGCAUUUUCAAAUGUAGAAGGCUAAUAGCCACAAAGGGUUAAUCUGUAGUGAAUUAAUCUGCAGGACCUUGUACUGCACUGUAUUACUCAUUAUUAUGCCCUUCCUGACUGUUCUGGGACGUGACUUGGUGAGGUUCAAAACAAAAAACAUCCAAGCAGAACAAUCAGCAUUAGUUUUCAGUGCUUUUAGCCUUUAAUCUAUGAAUACAGUAUGUGCAUAGAUGAGUCUUUUAUAAUGGAUAUAUGGAAACCUUGUAAAUCAAAUUGUAUUAUAAAGAAAGGAUUACAAAUUGCUUUGAUGUAACAACUGCUGCUGUUAUUAAAAUACUGGUAUUUUGUGAGUAGCACAUGUAGAUUGUGGCCUUCUGAGUUCAGUUUACAUCUUGUUCUGAAUUACUGUCAAGUUCCUAGAAUGAACUAGAUAUCAGGGCAGCAUUGUUAUGGAUUUGCUGUGAAAGUGAAAAUAAUAAUGUAAUUCAGAAUUACAUUGUCAUUAGUGUGGUUAACCAUACAUGCUAAAGCUACUAUAGAGGUUAGUCCAUUCAUCUGUCCCAUGCAAGGUCACAGUGGUCAGGAGCCUCUUGUAGAAGUACAUCACAAGAC